AUGAAUUAUAAAGUAGAGUCAGCUGAUGAAUACUUAAGAAGAAAUAGAAUUAUGGAAUUAUUUGAAGAUCUUUGCACUAAAGCCAGCUACAUUUAGCCUGAGAAUUUAGAAGAGUUUUUUGUUGAAGACUUGAAGAUUAAAUAAAAAUAAGGAUUCAUCACUCCAAUCUUUACAAAGGCAGAAAUUUAAAAUAUUUUUGAAUUAUUUGAUUUAAAACGUGAUGGAUAUAUUACAUAAGAGAAUUGUAGAAAGGCAUUAUUAACAAUUGCAUCAUCUCAAAAAUAAUAAGAAGUAAUAGAAGCCACUCAAGUAAUUGAUGAAAAAGUCGAUAUCAAUAGAUUUUAGAGAUUGGUUGAAUAAUUCUUAGGAUGA